AUGGAGGACAGGAAGAGACCCCCCAUCAGCACCGCCGAGGACCUCGCUCCUCCGAGCAAGCGACAUCAAUCCGUCAAUGGAAGCAAGUCCAAGGGCGAUAGUGGCGACCACGCCGAGGAACACUGGAUCGAGCCACGCUCAACACUGGCGGACUACGAUCGACUGGCCUGGAAUGGCCUUUCGAUCCGCCGUUGA